AUGACGAUCGGCAGCUCAGACAUGAAGCGCUCUGCUGUGAUUGUCCUGAUGCUCCACACCUACUGUGGCUUCUCACAAAGUCCCCAUGAGCUGAUUUACUUUGUGGGUUGUUUCGUGAACGGCACGACGCAGAUACAGUUUGAGUUUGACUCUGAGGAGAUCUAUUAUGCUGAUUUCCAAAAGCCUGAAAUGAUAUACACUGUUCCAGUUUGUAUUGAUCCCAAUCCAAAUCAAAUAUGGUCAAGCUUGACAAUGCGAGAUAUUCUGGAAAAUAGAGAUCUGUGUUUGGCAUUUACUUCAAUUGUAGAAUCCAAAGAGAAUAAUACACCAGAGGUAAAAGUCCCUCCUGAUGUGACCCUCUAUCCGUCUGAAGAAGUUCAGGUGGGAGUUGAAAACAAACUCACUUGCUUUGUGGAUCAUUUCUACCCUCCUUCCAUCAACGUCAGCUGGACUAAAAAUGAUCAGCCCGUGUCUGAGGGGGUGUCACUCAGUAGAUAUUAUCCCAAAAAGGAUCAGACCUUCCACCAGUUCUCAUCUCUGACGUUCACACCGAGCGAAGGCGACAUUUACAGCUGCACCGUGGAGCACUCGGCCCUGGAGACGCCUAAAACGAGGAUCUUGGAACCUGAUGUGAAUGACCCGGGUCGAGGACCAGACAUUUUCUGUGGACUGGGCCUGACUCUGGGACUGCUGAUGGUGGCAGCUGCAGUAUUUCUGAUUGUGAAGACAAAGGAUGGAUGAUUGUUUUGUCUUGUUAAAUCAACAUAUUAUAAAUGUU